CAAAUGGGUGUAAACGUCACACGCGUGCGCGGUACAAUGUGCAGUUGUCAAGCUAGUUUUAUUUUUCUUGUUUGUGAAUUUGUAAUGGAUAAAUUUUGAACAAUGAAGUGAAAAGAUGAUGGGAGAUCAGUUUCGAAAAGUAGAACAAUAUUCACCAAAAUCAUCACCACGUGGGGCCCGGUCUCCAGUUGUAUCUCGUCAGGAUUCGUCCGGAACAUUAAAAACGACAAUUUUGCUAGGAAAGAACCCAUCCAUAGUCCCUAGUGGACCUUUCUACUUGUUGAAGGAACCUCCAGCUGAAUCUGAACUAACAGGUGCUACAAAUUUGAUGACCUACUAUGGCUUAGAGCACUCAUAUAGUAAAUUCAGUGGAAAGAAAUUAAAGGAGCAGUUGUCUUCAUUCUUGCCCACCUUACCAGGUGUGAUAGACUCACCAGGGCUGCAAGACAAUAGCUCAUUGAGGUCAGUGAUAGAAAAACCUCCAAUUGGUGGCAAAGAAUUGUUACCUUUAACUAGUGUGCAGUUGGAUGGCUUCAGGCUACAUCCAGGACCAUUACCUGAACAAUACCGUUAUACCAACACUGUCCCCAUAAAGAAGCACAAGAACAAACACAAAAAGCAUAAACACAAAGAAGGAGGUCUUCCCAGUCAAGAAACUACAGUAACAGACACAGCCAAUGAUACCCAUGAGAAGAAGCACAAAAAGCAGAAAAGGCAUGAUGAAGACAAAGAAAGGAAAAAGCGGAAAAAGGAGAAAAAACGAAAAAAGCAGAAGCAUAGUCCUGAACAUAGUGGAGGUCUGACGCCAAGCCAGCAUUCAAGUUGAAACUUGCUUUUCUCAUAAGUGUACCUAAAUGCAAUCAUAAGUUUUCUUUUUUAUAAUUUAUGAAUGUAAGUUUAAAGUGUGUUUAUCCUUUAUUGAUUAAUACAGACUGUUAUUUUUUCAUA